GGAGGAGAAAGAAGAGGAUCACAGAGCAGUACCGUAAGCCGGUGUGUAUGGGGGUGGCUCUUCUGAGUGGGUCACGGACGAGAAUGAGGCGUCUGAAAGGUCUUGACCUAUGUGAAGACGACUAAAAGUUUUUUAAGGGUCAAGCGACCGAAUGGUGAAUACAAUGGAGUGUACUGAGCUGGACAAUGGCGCGGUGAUCACCUACCAGAUAAUCCUGCCCAUGCUGGUGGCGGUAGGCUUGGUUGGCAGCGCCAUCAGCAUCAUAGUGCUCAGCAAACCCAGCCUCAAGAACGUCAUGGGUAACAAGUACUUCCUGGCACUAUCGUUGUGUGACCUGUCCCUCAUCUUCUCAUACAUCAUCAUCGCCGCCACGGCCAAUGGUUGUGUCCUCAAGAGCUACGCAUCAGCCUGGUACUUCGCGCACUUUGGUUGGAGCGUCACAUGCACAGUCCACGCGCUGGGAACCUACAUCGUCAUCUUCAUGUCACUGGACCGGUUCGUGGGCGUGUGGUUCCCGAUGUGGUUCGUGGCGAUAACUCAGCAGCCUUUCAACAUCAACAAGAAGCUGUUGUUUGCUACCGUGCUGUGCUUCGGCCUGCACGUGCCCUACAUGGUGGACGCCGAGGUGCUGUGCGUGGAACCGUCCGUCAACAAAACCAGGGCCUGCGUCGUUCAUGCGAAGGACAUCUGCACCAGCGACCUCUACAACUCCAACGACGGCUUCCAAAAGAGUUUCAAGGAGCCAUGGCACGAAGUGUACCGCUGCAUCUAUAGCCUGCUGGUGCGCUGGCUGCCCUGCGCCCUGCUGAUCGUCCUCAACUUCGGACUGAUGCUGGCGGUGGUCACCGGGAGGGUGAAGCUACCCCGGGCUCAGGGUGAGGUAGAGGCCAAGGCGUCAAAGGUCGAGGCGGGAAAGCAGCGACAACUCAAGAAGAACAAACAGGAGAAGGUGUUAGUGGCAACAGCCAUAGCCAUGACGGCCUCGUAUGUGGUGAUGACGAUGCCCAUCACAAUCUUCCUGACAGGCUACGCUAAGCCCAACGCUACACGCUGCACGGAAUCUAGCCCCGAGGAGAAUCUGAGGCACGUGGGGAACAUCACCCAGAUGCUGGAGCACGUGCUGCACGGCGUAUACCUCCUCCUCAUCAACCCGUCCUUCCGAAAGGAGCUGCUCUGCCUACUACGGUGCAGGAAGUCAACCAGCGAAAUUUUCAAGCAGUGA